CUGGACUCUACCUCAGAAACAUAUGAUAUGAGUGACAAAGAGAGGACAUCUGUGUCAGGUCACUGAAAGCACAAUGACUAAGCUCACUCUCUUAGCAGGCAUGUGCCUGGUGUUGUGCCAGUUGGGUUCUGCUGCAGAAUUAGGGUGUUACUUCACAAACUGGUCCCAGUACCGACCUGGAACUGGGAAGUACCUUCCUGCCAAUGUAGACCCCUUUCUAUGUACCCACCUCCUCUAUGCAUUUGCCAUGAUCAACCAUGCAAAUGAGCUGGUCACAUACGAAUGGAAUGAUGAGACUCUCUACAAAGGCUUUAAUGAUCUAAAGAACAAAAACCCCCAUCUAAAAACUCUUUUAGCUGUUGGUGGAUGGAACUUUGGUUCAUACCAGUUCUCCAUCAUGGUGUCUACACCAGCCAAUCGUCAAAAGUUCAUCCAGUCAUCCAUCAAUUUUCUGCGUAUGUAUGGCUUUGAUGGGCUGGACCUGGACUGGGAAUACCCUGGCUCUCGUGGGAGCCCCCCUGAGGACAAACAGAGAUUCACACUGCUGUGCAAGGAGCUUUUGGAGGCCUACGAAGCCGAGAGCAAAGAGACCGGACGUCCUAGAUUGAUGGUUACAGCUGCAGUGCCUGCUGGAAAAGGGACAAUCGAUGCUGGUUAUGAAAUUUCUGAAGUUGCAAAGUACCUGGACUUUAUCAAUGUGAUGACAUACGACUUUCACGGAACAUGGGAGACCUUCACUGGGCACAACAGUCCCCUGUACCAGGGUGCCCAGGACCAUGGAGAUCUCAUCUACUUCAACACUGAUUAUGCUAUGAGGUACUGGAGGGACAAUGGCACCCCUGUGGAAAAACUCAGGAUGGGAUUUGCCACAUACGGUCGCACAUUCCGCCUCACCUCAUCAUCUAGUGGAGUUGGUGAUCCAGCCAGUGGUCCAGCAUCAGCUGGCCCAUACACUCGAGAAGCUGGAUUCUGGUCCUACUAUGAGAUCUGCACUUUCCUCCAUGGAACAACCAUUGAAUGGAUUCCAGAUCAGAUGGUGCCAUAUGCAACUAAAGGAAAUGAGUGGGUGGGAUUUGACACAAAAGAGAGCUUUGAAAUCAAGGUCUCCUACCUGAACGAAAAGAACUUUGGAGGAGCAUUUGUCUGGGCUCUGGACCUUGAUGACUUUGCUGGACAGUUUUGUGAACAAGGAAACUAUCCUCUUAUAGGCCACCUGCACAAGCUUCUUGAGAUUGAGUUUCCUUCUAUGCCACCUCCCACCACCCCAAAGCCUGGCGUAACCAAUACCAAGACCACUACCACCACCACCACCACAACUACAACCCAUGAGCCUGGCACCGGUUUUUGUGCUGGCAAACCAGAUGGCAUAUACCCUCAUGAAGAGAAUCCUAUGUACUUCUAUGACUGUGCAGGAGGUAAAACCUACCUCAGGAAUUGUGGUCCUGGGACAGUUUUCAGUGACAGCUGCAAGUGCUGUUCUUGGCCAUAAAUCAAGACACUGCUCUUAACACCAAAUAAAGAUCAUCCCAAACCCAGUUCAUUCUUGAGGGCUAAACACCUGAGAACUAAUUUAAAACUUUUUAGAGGAAAAAAGCAAAAAAGUAUUGAUAUGUAGCAAUAUUUAAUUUUAAGUAUAUGUGAAACUCUAAGCUCUUUAAUUAUUUGCAAAGCACA